GAAGCUUUUCCCCCACCGCGGGGGGGGGACACCGGCCGCCCCCCCCGAAAGGAUGCACCGACGUCCGUGAGCGGGGUUUUGGGGGAGCGGAGCUGCCCCGCACCGGGGCAUGAGACCGGGCAACUCGUCACACAGGUCCGGCCCCUCCGCGGCUUCGGCGAUGCUGCCGGGGAAAGCGGAGAAGAGGAUCGCUUCGUCGGUCUUCAUCACCCUGGUGCCACCGCGGAGGGAGGCGGCCGCCAAGGAGAAAACCCAAAGGGAGCUGCAGCCGGAUGGUGCCGAAGUCCCGGGCACCCAUCGCCCCUGGACCCCACCGCCGCGGCCCCCCACAUUGCCCAACGGAGAAACCCGCCCAGCGGCCCCUGUGCCUUCAUCCCCACCGAUCCUCGUCCUCUCCGAAGCGCCCCAGCCCUUGUCCGCAGAGGCGCUGGGUCCGGCGCUGCAGCAACUGGACCUUGCAGCACCCACCACCCUCCAGGCCCCUUCUGCCUUCCCUGCCGAAUUGAGGCCGCCCAAAUUUUGCCAGGAGCAAGCAGGCAAGCCGCAGUGGCAGGAUGCAAAUGGGUACCCGGAGAGGGACGGCUCCAGAGACAUCUGCGCCUUCUGCCACAAAGCAGUGGGACCCCGGGAGCCGACGGUGGAGGCGAUGAGGAAGCAGUACCACGCCGACUGCUUCACCUGCAGGACCUGCCACCGGCUCCUGGCCGGCCAGCGCUACUACCAAAAAGACGGGCGCCCCAUGUGCAACGCCUGCUACCAGGCCACGCUGGAGAAAUGCGCCAAGUGCCGGGGGCUGAUCACGGAACGCAUCGUCCGUGCCCUGGGCAAGGGCUACCAUCCCGGCUGCUUCUCCUGCGCCGCCUGCGGCCGGGCCAUCGGCGCCGAGAGCUUCGCCGUGGACGAGCGGGACGAGGUGUACUGCGUGGCCGACUUUUACAGGUUGGGGAGCAUCCCCUACGUUGCGGGUGGGUGGGUGGGGGGUGUUUCGGCUCAUCCCCGUCACCCCACAGGGCUCACGCCGUUCCUUGUUGCUCCCAUCAGGAAAUACGCCGCGGUGUGCAGCGCCUGCGAGCACCCCAUCGUCCCCUGCGAGGACAAGGACACCUACAAGAUCGAGUGCCUGGGACGCAGUUUCCACGAGAGCUGCUACCGCUGCGAGAGCUGCGGGACACCCCUGUCACCGGAGCCAACGGAGAACGGGUGCUACCCCCUGGACGACCACCUCCUCUGCAAGUCCUGCCACGUCCGCCGGCGAAACGAGUCGUCCUGCUAAAACCUUGCGGCUCGACCUCCAUCUUCCAGCGCCGGACACCAAAAAGGGGGUGCACCCACUGGGAUGCACCCCGCAGCCGGUCCUGGGUGCCCGCUGUACCCCCAAAUAGCUGCAGGACCGGUGUUUUCGUCACCAAAACGUACCCGGGACCCCGACCCGCUGGGCUGGCCAGGCGGAGAAGCGCAGAUGUAGUGUCCCGGCAUGGCUCUGCGCUCUUUACGAACGUAAAAAGCCCUGGCAGAGCAGCGGUGGUGGAGGAGCUGAGGUUUCGUUCACUUAUUUCUUUUUUUAAACUCCUUUUUCUGAGGCCGGUUUGGUUUUCUUGGGUGUUUUUUCUUUCUUCUCAAGCUUCCUUGGGGUUUCACUUUAAACAUUUCUCUCUGCGGUGACACAGAGAGCGGGCACUGAUUUAGUUACUCGCAGUUAAAUAAAACCCCGAGUUUAAAAACCUUCGUUUCUUUCAUCCACCCUGCAUU